UGCUGGUUUCAAAUCAUGAAAAGCCACUUCAUGGACCACACAGACCACACAGGACAGCAGUCACCACCAGAUGGGGCCACUCUCAGCUUGGUCAGCCCUGAGUCUACCGUUGAAAGUGUGGAGGUGUGUCGGCCAGGGACCAUGAAGAGGGAGGAGUCCCCUCCUGGGCCGGGGCCGGCUGUUCCCCACGACAGGGACCUGUACUUCUCCUCCAGGGAUCUGGGGGCGCUGAGCUGGAGCAGCUCCCCUUCGUCCCAGUCAUCUUCCGAGUACCAGUCUUACUCUCAGUACCAGUCCUGCUACUCGUGCAUGUACGACCCGGAGGACGGGGCCCAGCAGAGCGUGUGCGCCUUCUACACCCGCGUGCAGACCGUCCGGGGCGUGGCUGUGGCCUGGGAGACCGAGGCCGGCUUCCAGCCGGUCAGCAGGAAGCCCCGCAUUCAUGAAGCCGAAUUCAUCAAGAGGCAGAGGAGGAAAGGAUCAUCCUUCGAGAUGGCUUCCAACACCGACCUGCGUUGGGACUUGGAAGCCACCAAGAACUACUGCCCGGAGCCGGAUGAGUCCGAGCUGCUGGGGCCGCUGGACUGCUGCCUCCAGGAGCUGCGGGACCCGCCAGACUGGCUGGUUACCACGAACUAUGGUCUGCGCUGCGUUGCCUGUUGCCGGGUCUUCCCCACCCUGGAGGCGCUGCUGGAGCAUGCCCAGUACGGCAUCAAGGAGGGCUUCAGCUGCCAGAUUUUUUUUGAGGAGAUGCUGGAGAGAAGGCGGGCCCGGGAACAAGGUCAUGACCAGCAGGUGGAGGAGGAGGAACAGGACCUCGAGGACAGCAGUGAAUGUUCUAAGGCCCACGGCAAGGUGCCUCAGUCACAGCGGAAGGAGCAGUGA